UUCAGCAAAUCAUGAAAUCAAAAUUUGUCAUAAUAUAAUAUUAUACCUAUAUCAUUACUAUUUACUGUUAUAGUAAAUAUCAUGUUAAGAACUCAUAACUAUAAUAAUAUAUUUUACAGUAUUUGAAACGUAUUGACUAUAGCACUCAUUUCUGCCGAAAUUAUUCCCUGGUGAGUCGGGUGAUAUUUACACUGCAUCAAUCGUCCAUUUUCUAGUCUGUCUGUCUGUCACCCCUCUAUUAUGAGUAAAUGUGAAUUUGUUGUGCACCAUUUCCUCAGAUGUCAUUCAAGGACCGACAAUGAUUCAGCAGACGUGUCCACACAGGUGUGGUAUGCUGCUUUUGAUCCAUCUAAAAAGUCUUACUUGGUUGCCACUUGCGGUGGAAAUAAGGUCUGUGUUAUCGAUGUGAAGACUGGAGUGGUCCAGUAUAGAUAUACUUAUGUCAAAGGACUAUUAUAUACAUUAUCAUGGAGUACAGCAUGUCCCGGCAACAAGAUAUUGGCCACUGGUGGGACAAACAAUACAAUUGUGUUCAUAGACUUGUCAACCAAUUCAGCAUAUCUUCACUACAUUUUGCCUAUAAUGAACAAUAAAAAAGUAUUUAUUAGCUCCAUUUUAUUUCAUCCUUCUCAAAAUGUAUUGUUUUGUACCCUAAACAAUGGAUACUUAUUCAUAUUUGAAUUUGAAAUUUAUGAUUCUCGUAUCGUAAACAUUGAAGAACAAUGUUCAAUUGAUCUCAAAUGUGAAAUAUUUGGAUUAGCUUUUUGUGAAAUAAAUGAUUAUUUACUCAUUGCCACUAAUGUUGGUUUAAAAGGAUGGGAUAACUCUCAAAGCCAAGAUCAAGAACUCGUAGAUUUUGAAUUGCCUAAAAAUCCUAAUGAACUGUACAAGGAUCAAAAUGAAAAUGUGAUUGAUUCAAUUGAGAUUGUUAAAGACAGUUGGAUUGCUAUUAAAGUGGCUUUGCACGGAGUGAUAUACAUUUUCAACCUAGAUGAAGCAUUGUCCAAAACUAAGAACAACAAGUGUGUAAUAAUACCACCUUACAUACUAAAAUGGAGCGAUACAGACAACUAUUUUAUGAGCUGUAGUGUUGGUCUUGAUGGCAAGCUCUUAGCAUGUGGAGAUGAUAAAGGUAGUGUAUGGAUUUACAACUUGAAGGACAUAUCCUUCAAAUCUACAACAAGUGAUUCUAAGAUCAUUACUGUCAAUUCAGUCUUGAAAUGGCCCAAACUUCAUGACAGUUAUUUGAAAAAGAAAAAAAAAUUGGAAGUAGAUGUAUAUGAUAUAGUAAUGGCUAAAUGUGCUGUUCAUUGUAGUGGCAAUUAUCUUGUAGCUGUUACUAAUAACAAUUUUGUUUGUUUGUACAAAAAACCAACAAUUAAAAAUUAAAAUGUGAUUUA